AUGCCGGCCCACCACUUCCACGCCCGCCAUCCUCACCCCCAGCCGGACCACCCCGGCAUGGAAUUGGACGAGCGCGAUGCCAGCCCCGAGCUGAAGACGGUCAUCUCCGUCGUCUACUACACGGCGCCCAAGACCUUCGAUGGCCCCGCCGUUUAUGUCACCGACUCACCCAGCGAGGCUUCCGCUACUGAGGACUCCGUCAACGUUGCAGCGAACACUGCCGAAGCCACCAGCGCCACCAGCGACGAAGAUGCAACCAGUACCAAGGCGACCGCUAAGAGCACCGGCACCACGCUUGCUACACAGACACGGGCGUCGGCCUCCAGGACCACUGAGGAUGCCUCCAGCUCUGCCUCGUCCAGCUCUGCCUCGUCGCAGCUCACCUCUUCCGCCGGCAUGUCAAGCUCGGCCUCAAUCAAGAUCUCCCAGGCCACCGCUUCCAUCUCGUCUGUUGCUGCCGCCGCUGCCAGCGCCUCCAGCACCUCUUCGUCAAGUUCCUCUUCUGACAGCGGUGUUUCAAGCGGUGCCAAGGCCGGUAUGGCUUUUGCAGUCAUUUGCUUCAUUGCGCUUGUCGCCUUCCUGGUAUUCUUCUGGAGGAAGAGGCAGCAGGAUCACAAGAAGGUUCAGCAGGCUGCUAUGAACGAGAAGUACGAUGAGAAGAGCGUCCCUCCGCAGGCCAGCAACCCCUUCAACGAUCCUCCCAUCUCGUUCCCUGUUGCCGCCUUGAAGAACGAGAGCAGGAACAGCACCAGCUCUGGAAGACCUGGCACUGCUGCAUCCCGUGCACCCAGUGUCAAGGCCGUCAAGACUCCAGGCAACGCUCCCCGCCUGAGUCUGCGCCCGAUGAGCCAGUUCAAGCCAAUCUCCAAGGGCGAGGGUGAUAUUCUGGACACGCCUGUUGGUGUUAGCCCUUGGGAGAAGCGCGGUGCUGCCAAUGCUGCCAACGAUCCCAGCAAUCCUUUCGGCAACCAUGCCGAAGUCGAUACUGCUACCGCUCGUGAUGCCGUUGAACUCGGUCCCGAACUUGGUACCCCGACGACUCCGCUCACCCCGGCUCUUGAAUUCCCCUUCCCGGCAACAGCCAAGAUCGCGCCCACAUCUGCUCCCACGUCUGCUCCCACUUCGGCUCCUACUUCGGCUCCCACGUCUGCGCCUACCUCGGCCCCGCCGCCGGCUCUUCGCUCAGUCAUUCCGAAACCUAUCAACACUACUUCUAACAUGACUGACUCCACUGCGGCUGGUGGUGCCCAGGGCCCCAAUCCUUUUGCUGACAAGGACGUUCCGAUGUCCCCUGGUCCCGCUCCUACCGGUGCUCUCCCGGCUGCCCCUGGUGCCAAUGGUAAAGCUUACGCUGUGCACCGCUGCCACAUGGACUUCACGCCGUCUAUGGCCGACGAACUUGGUGUCAAGAACGGUCAAUUGGUCAGGAUCAUGCACGAGUACGACGAUGGAUGGGCUCUCUGCCAGAAGAUGGAUGGUUCCUCGCAGGGUGUCGUGCCGCGGUCCUGCUUGUCUAAGCAGUGCCUCAAGCCUCGUCCCGGUCCUCCCACUGGCAGUCCUCCCGGCGCUCGUGCUCGUGCCGCUUCUAAUGCUAGCUCCAUCAACGCUCCCGCCCAUGGCCAGCCUCGUCCUCUGUCUCCUGCUACCGGUCGCAACUCUCCUGGUCCCCAGCGUCUGCCACCUCAAGGGCCUCCUCCGCAGAGUCCGCUCCCGCAGAGUCCCCCGCAGGGUCGCGCGCGCGCCGGAAGCAAUGCCUCCUUCGCUGGUCAGCCCCGUCCGAUGUCGCCCGCCGGUGGUCGCAACUCCCCUGGUCCUCGUGCCAUGUCGCCCAUGAACCCAACCGGUGCUCGUGAGAGGUCUCAGAGCAACGCUUCUUUCUCUGCACCUCGUCCUCAGUUCGCCCAGGAUGCCAAGCGCCCUCGCUCGAGCUCUACCGGUGCGGCCGGCCGCGGAAACGCCCCUGGCCCGAGCCCUCUCGCCCCUGCCCCGGCUCCGGUUCUGGCUGUGGAUACCCCUCAGCGCAAGCCCGUUCCCGGACAGGCCAUGUGA